CCCUCCCGGUCCCCGCCUCGGCCCCGGGCUUGGAAGCGGCUCGGGGCGCCCUUUCGGCCAGCGGCGUCGCCCACACCCCCGCCCCCCAGGCCCCCGGAGACCCAGGCUCGCAGCGCCCAGCCGGGAGCUGCCGGGAAGCGCGAUGGGGGCCCCCUCCGCCGUGCCCCUGCUCCUGCUCCUCGCCUGCUGCUGGGCGCCCGCUGGGGCCAACCUCUCCCAGGACGAUAGUCAGCCCUGGACAUCUGAUGAGACUGUGGUGGCGGGCGGCACCGUGGUGCUCAAGUGCCAGGUGAAAGACCAUGAGGACUCCUCCCUGCAGUGGUCUAAUCCUGCCCAACAGACGCUGUAUUUUGGGGAAAAGAGAGCUCUCAGAGACAACCGGAUUCAGCUUGUCAGCUCCACUCCUCAUGAGCUCAGCAUCAGCAUCAGCAACGUGGCCCUGGCAGAUGAGGGCGAGUACACCUGCUCCAUCUUCACCAUGCCUGUGCGAACCGCCAAGUCCCUCGUCACUGUGCUUGGAAUCCCACAGAAGCCCAUCAUCACUGGCUACAAAUCAUCAUUACGGGAAAAGGAUACAGCCACCUUGAACUGCCAGUCUUCCGGGAGUAAACCUGCUGCCCAUCUCACCUGGAGGAAGGGUGACCAGGAACUCCGUGGAGAACAAAAAAUACAGGAAGAUCCCAAUGGGAAAACCUUCACUGUGAGCAGCUCAGUGACAUUCCAGGUUACCCGGGAGGAUGAUGGAGCAAACAUCGUGUGCUCUGUGAACCAUGAAUCUCUAAAGGGAGCUGACAGAUCCACUUCUCAACGCAUUGAAGUGCUGUACACACCAACUGCAAUGAUCAGGCCGGACCCACCACAUCCCCGUGAAGGCCAGAAGCUGUUGCUACACUGUGAGGGUCGUGGCAAUCCGGUCCCCCAGCAGUAUCUGUGGGUGAAGGAGGGCAGUGAGCCACCCUUGAAGAUGACGCAGGACAGUGCCCUCAUCUUCCCCUUCCUCAACAAGAGCGACAGCGGCACCUAUGGCUGCACAGCCAUCAGCAACAUGGGCAGCUACACGGCCUACUUCACUCUCAAUGUGAACGACCCCAGCCCGGUGCCCUCAUCCUCCAGCACCUACCAUGCCAUAAUCGGUGGCAUUGUGGCUUUCAUCGUCUUCCUGCUACUCAUCCUGCUCAUCUUCCUGGGCCACUACGUGAUCCGGCACAAAGGCACCUACCUGACACAUGAGGCAAAAGGCUCUGAUGACGCCCCGGACGCGGACACAGCUAUCAUCAACGCAGAAGGCGGGCAGUCAGGCGGGGAUGACAAGAAGGAAUAUUUCAUCUAGGGGCGUCUGUCCACCUCGUGCGCCCCCCAGGGGCCUCCGUGGGGACUGCUGGGGCCAUCAUCAGCCCAGACUUGUACAGAGCGACCCCAGGGCCGCCCCUCCCGCUUGCUCCCCAGCCCACCCACCCCCCUGUACAGAAUGUCUGCUUGGGUGCGGUUUUGUACUGGUUUGGAAUGGGGAGGGAGGAGGGCGGGGGGGAGGGGAGGGCCACCCUCAGCCCUUUCCGUGGCUUCUCUGCGUUUGGGUUAUUAUUAUUUUUGUAACAAUCCCAAAUCAAAUCCGUCUCCAGGCUGGAUAGGCAGGCGCCCUGGGGUAA